AUGUCAGCGCCGGGCCGGGAGGCAGCGUUCUCACCAUGGUCAGCAAGUUCCCAAAGCUCCAACGGCCCUGGCACGACGGUGCCGCCGCCGUUCGUGGCCCCGACGGCGGGUGUCAUGGUCAACGGUACGCUCAAGCUCCGUUCCGGUCUGUACACCAAGGGCGACUUUGUGACGCCGGCCGGGGCCACCUGCCGAGCCAUUUCCGAGUCUUGGAUUCUAUGA